AUGGCGACCGGAUUCGAUCGCCUUGAGAGGCUGUUCAGCUCCAAGCGCAAAGCUUCCUCUGCCUCUGUUACGGUUGCUACUUCUACCAGCCCCCAAACAGGGCCUCAGUUUCCCUCUCCUUCUUUCAUUCGCCCGACAACCACUCGUAUGGCAGCCCGAGAGGAAGUGCGAUUGCGAAUAGCGACGGGUCGAUCUCCCUCAGUUCCAGACAUUAUUCCUUCUCGCCUAGGCUCCCUGAGUUCCCAUGCCUCCAGUCCAGGCUUCAGUCUCUCGCCUUUACGAUCACCUUCCCUGCGUGGCCCUCAUUCACAGGCAGACUCUCUAGUGGCAAAGCUCCGCGAGUAUCAGUUUCCUAACUCACCGAGCCGAGAGGAGAACGCGACACCAAUGUCAACAGCUUUCAAUUCUGUAACGGAAAGACGUGAGAUCCCAAGCCCUCGUUCUCAGUCUCCUCUUCGUCUACAUACUACACCUCGUCUUGACACACCUCCAUCGCCCGACCUGGAAGAAACUGGAUCUUGUCAUCGCUCUAUGGAGAGCAUUAGAAUCCCAACACCUUCCUCCUAUAAUUACCCACCAACGCCUGAAGAUUCGCCCGAGAUUCUACCUGUGCGAAACCUCCUUGCCGAUUCCAAAAUAUUCGACAUUGCGAUCGAUAAGGCUCUAUUUGAAGAAAUUGAAGAUCAGCUUCUUCAAUCUUUUGAUCACGGAUCCUUGAACGAUUCGUAUAGCGACUCGUCCCCCUCUGAAGCAUCAUCUAGCAGCUCUACCUUGCGGGAGCCUGAUUUCAACGAGUUUUUGAAUCUAAGCGAUGAUGAUAUUGCUGAAUUGGCACCCGAGAAUCUAGACCUUGAGUCCGAUAGCGGCUCGCAGCUGUACUCUCCACUCACUAUGCAUACCUCCUCUCCUCCGCCAGAGCCUGCUACCCCCUCCCUCUUGACACUGACGCCUCCUCCCACAAGUCGACCUGCUACCGCCGCUGCUUUCGAGGCGGCCAGAAUUGCAAAACGAUACGAUUUCGAUCUUGUAUACGUGGUGAAUCUUUGGCCAGGCGGGCCGCGUGAGCAAGUUUUCGGCCUCGAGUCUGCGAGUUCCUGCGAGAGGCCAUUGGUUGGCCGACUGCUAGCAGCGCAUGGUCUUCAUCAAGUCCCUUCGCCACUACAAAUCGCGUUAAAUGUUCAUACCACCAUCCUGCGGUCCAAGGGCUGGGUCGAAUACCGCAACCCAGAAGCGCAGUCACACGAACUCGCCCGCGGCUAUGCAUGCUCCUUCUACACGGGCAAAUAUUCUCAAGGUGGCUCAGUCGACAGAGACAGCCCGGUUUCAGGAGUUCGGCUCUCAGAGAUGAUUGACCGAGGCAUCGUGUUUGCAGCAUAUAGAAAGCCUAGAAUUGGCCCGUGCAGACUGGGGCACACCUUUACCGGAGAGGAGCUCAGCUCUCUCUACGAAGACGCAGAGACCUUGGUGGAGAUGCUGAUCGAUAUUCAUGCUCGCAACCGCCAGUGCCAGCCAGAUUCUUACAGUCAGCUCUGCGACGAAACUGGCCCCAUGCCUCAGCAAGAGCUUGACCAAGUGUCUUCUUAG